GACAACAAAUUUAUUCAAACCUAUUACGAAAAGUGAGGAUUCUGAAUUACUAUGGUUUAAAUGUUGAUGUUGCAUAGACUCGUCACUUCUAUAUUGUUCAGUUGGCAGUCUGAUCCCAGCAUUACAGAACACAUGUCGCGUGAAAACAUUUCAAUCUUCUGCCUCCAAAUUCAUUCUAUAGAUAAUACUUUUUUUUAGUAUUAAUCUAUUUUAUUUAUUCCAUAAUUCUGAUUAACAUUUAAAUGUUCAUUAACGGCGUCAGUAUAAAAAGUGUUCUCCGUGUUCAGUGAUUGUAUGUUAGACUGUUUGACUCAAACAGGCAACAGAGCAUACGAGGUAGAGAUGGAACAAAUCCCACUGGACGAGAAAGCUGGUGGUGAUGUCGCUGUUGACGAUAACAAAGAAGUUGACGUCACACACGAACACAGCACAGACAAUGACCUCACCGAGGAAGAGCAGGCCCAAGAGGACGCCGACCACCUGAGGAUGUGCAAGGCGCUGUCCCUGGCUGUGGCCUACGCCGCUAACACCGGGGGGAUCGCGUCACUCACUGGAACCGCACCUAACGUCGUGCUCAAGGGCCAGACAGACAUUAUUUUUGACGAACGGAAUAUCCCGAACCCGAUCACGUUCGCCACGUGGCUGAUCUACGGACUUCCGCUUUCGUUCAUCAUCCUCAUCAGCUGUGGAUCUGGAUGCAGAUCUUCUUCCUCAGAUGCAGGUUUGUUCUCUGUGGUCUGACUCCCUGCAGGUGUUCUCUGUGGUCUGACUCCCUGCAGGUGUGUUCUCUGUGGUCUGACUCCCUGCAGGUGUGUUCUCUGUGGUCUAACUCGA